CUCACACCUGGUUGACAGCGGAAAGAGGGCGAGAUGGGCUGUCAAAACGCCAAGUCGUCCCAAAAGGAGGAUUGUGAAGACGAAAAGGAACUCGGGGAUUUCCUCACCGUGGAGGAGAUCGAGGUCAUUCGUCAUACGUGGGCGAUCGUCAAACAGGACAUCCCGGGUACAGGGAUGUUCAUGUUCACACGACUGUUUGAGCUGCAGAGUGACUUCAAGAAGUUCUUUAAGCGAAUGAUGACACAGACAGAAACAGGAGAAUACGACUUCGACCGCAACAAGCUUGGUAACCAUGCCAACGUCGUCAUGACGGCCCUCGACAAGGCGGUGGACAGUUUGGACGACUCCUCGUUCCUGUCGAAGGGUCUGGCCGAGCUGGGGGAGCGCCACAAGAUGUACAACGUCAAGUCAGAAAUGAUACCAUACAUGUGGCCGGCAGUGCGAGACGCCCUGAAGAAGGCGCUGGCCGAGGACUUCACGGUGGAGGCUGAGUUGGCCUGGAAACACGUCUUCGACUACAUCGUCUCCAAGAUGGCGCAGGGAAUCAACAGUGGCUCGGGAUCCCCCACCAAGACCUCCACUCCCAAGAACAUCUCCCCGCUCCAUGACAGUGGGGCCAAUGGAAUCCCUCCCUAGCAAAGAUGAAGGCCUUACCUUACGAAUGCCUGGAGUUGUCGGAACCAUUGGCUAUGCUUUCUUGUUGUCCCCACGGAUACCGAAUCUGCAAAAAGACAUCAACUGACAAGAUUUCAGUCCCUUUCUGUGGUCCUCAUCGUCGACAGCGUUAUCAGUGUCACGUGGGAUCCGUAUUGAUUGCAUAGCCUGGCAUCUGCUGAUUAGGUUUGCUAAUGGACUAGAAAAAAAAGACAGCCCGAGAGUAGGAUUUCUCUAAAGGAAAUGCAAUACGUUUCUGAAUUUCUUCACACCUGCCGCACUUCAGGUGAGCUUAAUUUUUGAAGGAAGGAACGCUGAAAGAGGAGGAAUUGUUGGAGGGAACUCUGAAAGUCAUCCUGCGUGUUAAAAAAAAAUGUCAUGUCUAACAUCUGUCAUUCUUUGUGACUGACACUGCAGUGACAGAUGCUUCUCAUCUAGAACAUGAGAUGGUAAAUGACACAUUUAGUCUCGCAGUCGUGACUUGCCAAAUGUGUCUUGCGAGUCACUACUGACACUUGCUUGCCAAGUGUCGUGCGGCGGAUGGAAGAGACCAGGCAAGUGUCAUUUACAAACUUCUAUAAGUGCUGGCAGGUGUAGGUAAAUGUGUCACAGAGUAUCUACACAGGGCAUUACUGACACUAUAGGCAAGUGUGUCUGCGACCUCCAUGACAGUCUCAAGCCAGACACUUUCAUACUCUGUUAUCCUUGAUCGUCACAUCAUCACAUCUAUUCUCAUUAUGCCUUAAGUUUUGUUUAUCAGCACCAUUAGAAGCUGGAAGUAAUGGUACAGCAAAGCACACAUGUGUCGCGGUUUAAAUUCCGACUGACUUUCAACAAUGUAAAACCGACUUGUGUCAUCGUCUGGCGACGAGGUGUGAUUGGUAGAUGAUAGCAGCAGCUGUGAUUUAAUAAGGGCACCCUGUGAAGCAGAAGAUUAGAUGACCAGGAGGGUCUGUGACAUUCUUGAAGUCUUCCUGCCCAUGUGCAAUUAAGUAAUUUUUUUGGGAGAGACGAGACAGAAGUUUUUGUCUUAAUCACAGCCGUGCUUUUGAUUGCUCGCACCUGAGCGGCUCGCCUCUGUCCAGCUCACCUGUAACCGUCAUUGUCUCAUGGUACGCACUCGUUUCGCGCGCCGUCCGAUCAGUCAGUCCGCUGACCGCUGGUCGUAGGUCUAGCGCCGCACCCCGGGUAUGUCGAACAGCCCUUGCUGGACAGCUGACUACUUUUGAUGUGCGGCUGCCUUCCGCCUCCGCCAUCUCCUAUACAUCCCAGCCACUACCCGCAUCCCUCUGUUUCAGAACAAGAAGCCACCCUGUCACCUGAACAUGUUCACCCACCGCUCUAUAGGCCAGUUUCAGUUCGUAUAGUGUUUGUCUACCGAGACUAAGGAGAAUACUGGAACAGGAAGCACGAGACACCAUCUUGGUUGAGCAGCUAAUGAUUGUGCAAUGAAACCACCGUUCUGAUAUUCCAGACUAUUAUUUCAAAUUUAAAAACACAGAAGAGAUUUGACAUACUAUAGAAAAAAAAUUAAUCAACAGGUUCAUCGCGUACUUCUAGACUAGAGAGCUGGACCACCAAGAUGGCGCCUGAUGACGUUAUGACCCUUUCAAUAAAUAAUAACUCUGUAGUAUUAUUAUUAUUAUAAAGUUAAUUUAUAGGGCGCUUUAUAUCCACUAUCAAAGGUUAACUCAAAGAGCUUGACAAAAAAUAAAAACAAUAAUAUAUAUAUAUACGGACACACACAACAAAACAUGUAAACGUCGUGUCUAUAGAAAUCCACAUGGCAAGAUGAAGGAUGUGUGGUUCGUAUUUGCUCGAUCCACUUGAAGAACUGUAAGCGAAAAGAUGUUUUCUCACAACACGUACAGACUCCUCGCUGAUAGCUAGCAGGUUAUUUUUGCUUUGGUUGUAUUGGCCUUUUCCGACAUUUCUACCACACAUACUCGCUUCGUGUUAUUUUGAGGGUGUGUAAGCUGUCUGCCCUUAAAAGCUGCACGCCGAAAGAAGAUCCAGAUGUGAGACAACCUUCUAAGACAUAGCUAGAGAGGGUCUGAACUGCUCGAGUUAAAAGACAUGAUCGGUAUUGAGGGUGUGUCUUGUGUUUCAUUCUAUCGACACGUGUGGAUCUCAUUUUCUCUCGUAAAGACGUUCACGGCACCACAUGCUGAAGAUGAUGCAUCUCUAGUGUAACUAAAUGUGUUGCUUGCAAAUAUCCGUUUUUCUUCCUCUUCCCCCGCUCCAUCUUGACAGUGUGUACUCUGCGGGACCUGUUUCUUGCCAUGCAGCACUGUCAUCUGUAUCAUGGUAUGUGUGUAGCCCACUUCACUGAGCACUGCUCACGCUUGCAGUAUUAUGACAAGAGCAUGAUCAGACUGCUUUUUCAUGUCACAAGUGUUUCUAUAAAUGAACUGGUGCGUGCAUCACUAAAGGCACGACUUAUCAAUUCUGAUAAUCUUGUACAAAACAUUGACAUCAUGCAUUGUGCACUUUCUUUCAAUUGUGCUUUAUUCUGAAGUGGGAGACUGUAAGGUUGACGGUACCCUUGCGGUGCAUGAUGGUCUGCUCACCCACAGGCAGGCAUAUACAUACGUGAAAUGUACUCGCAUAUCAAAUGUAAUUUCACAUUAACAGGAGUAUGGAGUGUGAUAUUUGACUAUUUUGCAUAUAUACUAAUAGCUUUGAAAUGACUGCAUGAUGUUUUUCAUUAACCUUUUUCACACACACACAAAAAGAAGGCAUCGGUCUAGGCUCUGAAAUUCAAAACGUUUGAUGGUACAGGAGUACCUCGGCACUCGACCAUCGUGCUAGAAAAUUGCCCGAGACUUUAAGCAUACCUAGGCGAUUAUUGCAGAAACAAUAAAGGGAGAAGAGAUAAUUUUAUUGUGCGUAGAUUUCAAGCAGUAAACACCCGUCCUGGUGCUGUUUUCACCCUCUCGUGUGUAUUUUUUUUAACCUGUAUAUAUAUAUAUACACACGUAUAUACAGGGUCAUCACAAAACAAAAAAGUUGUCGACACUUGAACUGAUAGGCACUCGACCGAACUUUCCAAAUUAUGGUCGAGUGUUGAUCGAAAUACCAGUAUUUUUUCCGAGUCUCAAUUAUAUAGCUAUAGCAUAUUUUACAUCAUAACUUUGGUUAUACGUGGAAAUACUGACGUUACAGACAAAGUAUAAAACAAAAUGUUUUUAUACGGCUGAAAAUUUCCAGUAGGAAAACGCAAGGUGCCUCAUUGUGUCAAACAAGGGAGCUAACUCCUUUACGUGGUCAUUUGCUCUGAGUUGUCUGAUGCGAAUUAUCUCCCUUUUUAUUUUACUUGGAAAGUAUGAUAAAACAUUGCCUAAGGUUCACCUUGUUUCAUCGGUAUAUCCUUUACACUUGUAAAUAUUAUGCUCACUUGUGUUGAAAAUGUUAUCAUCUCAUUUAUCUUUUAGGUGUUUCUUUUCAAGUGCAUUGGUAUUUCACUCAGUAUUCACAUGGCAAGAGACAAGAGCUUGAUCUCGUCACAUCUUGACAAGGCAUCAAGUUAACAUUAUAUAGAACAGUGAAUCAACGUAAAUAAGAGAUUGAUGAAGGUGUGACUCUGAGACCAUCUGAACCAGAUACUCGAUAUCAGGUGGGGUGGAUGAAAGUGCAAAGCCAAGAAAGACAACAGCAACACUACCAACCAAAGCAAAUCUAUCAGAAAUGAUGUUUCCCCUCUGCUUUAAAAACCUGAUCAUCUUCCUCUAUGCAUCCAAGUCCCUGACUGGACUUUUAAGAAUGUAAGCUAUAAAAAUAGGAAACAAAAGAAAGAUCCUUCUUUAACAAAAACUUUAACACCUACGAAUAUUUUUUUUUAAAUCAAGCAAAUACCUCAAUCGUAAGGUAUGCAGUAUUUAAAAAUGUAACACAAAAGAGAGUAUAGGCCAGGAGAUAACAGAGCUGGACAAAAGAGAGGACAGUGUCCAUGAGUGAAAAUCUGACAUUCGGCAGAUCUCAUAUAAUGGCAAGUGUUGAAAGAUUAUAACAAGUCCACUAACCCCACAUCUAAAAAAAUGAAAGUAAUGAUUAUCAUGAUUUAUCAUUUCAUUGUUACAUCAGAAACAAAGGUCAUUUACUGCUUUCCUAUUAAAAUCUUUCCAAAAAUGUCUUUUUUGUAUUAAAAAUGUGUGUUCAUUGAAAAAAA